UUUUUUUUUGAUGUGUACAAGUGUCAACAACACGAACAUAUACCGUUAAAUGCCAAAAUAUUGAGAAAUACGCAAUGUAAAAUUCCACAGUGAUCACAUACAUUCCAGUCCGCAUUUAAUUUAUACAUUUUACUAAUUCGAAAAUAAUGACCACUGAUGGUGUUGUUGGUUGGCAAAAGUUGUGAUUUGUGAACAAUUAGUAUUAUCAUGGAUUCCGAAGUGAGAAAGCGAAAAAAUCGUAGUGAUUCAAAGAAUGUGUCAAAAAUCACAGAAAAAUCUAGGCCACACACCGAUGAUCAAUCAUCAUCGUCUGACAUAAAUGAAAGUGAUUCGGAACAAAAAAUUCAAAAUAUUCAGCCGAAUGAACAAAAUUCACCAGCAAAUGCCGAUCAAAUCUCAACUUUACCAGAAAUUGCCAUACCCCAUCAAUUUCGAUUAACAUUCGAAAUCGAUUUAAUAUCGAUCACAUUGUUUGUUGUAGCGCUUUGUACGCGAUUCUAUCGAUUAAGUGAACCGAACAACAUUGUUUUCGAUGAAUUACACUAUGGCAAAUAUGUGUCACUGUAUUUAAAACGAACAUUCUUCUUCGAUCAACAUCCACCACUAGGCAAACAGCUAAUAUCAGCGGUCGCCAAUUUUGUUGGAUACAAUGGCAAUUAUACAUUUUCACACAUUGGUGCCCAAUACACAGAGAACGUGCCAAUUUUUUGGCUCCGAUUCGUUCCGGCCCUGUGCGGCAGCCUGUUGGUGCCAAUCGUAUACCAGUUACUACGACAACUCAAAUUGAGUGUAUGGACGGCAACAUUGGGUGGAAUUUUGAUCAUCAUUGAAAACGCACUGGUCACCCAAUCGCAAUUCAUUCUCAUGGAACCGAUGCUGUUGAUGUUCUCAAUUCUUGCAAUUUUAUUGCUAUUAAAAUACCAAGACUGUUAUGACAAACUCGGCGAAAUCACUUCGCUGCCAGAUCGUUUCGAUUUAAUCGUGUCGAUGUUGGUGUAUGGCAUUUUUUCGGCGAUUUUUUUCACAUGUGCAUUGUGUAUCAAAUAUGUUGCUAUUUAUUCAUGUUUAUUGGGCAUGUUCAUUGGAUUAUUGCAAGUGUGGAAAAUGUUGGGCAAUCAUCAAAAUACAAAUGUUUCGAUUGCAUUGCAAGUGGUCUUUCGUUCGCUGGUAUUCGUUGUUGUUCCAAUCAUCAUAUACUUGUCGGUGUUUUGGAUUCAUUUGGCUGUGUUGAGUAAGGCCGGACCUCACGACAGUGCAAUGACGAGCGCAUUUCAAGCAUCACUCGAAGGUGGAUUGGCAUCGAUUACAAAAGGACAACCGCUUAAUGUUGCACACGGCUCACAAAUAACAUUGCGACACACUCACGGACGUACGUGUUGGCUUCAUUCACAUGCUCACCUUUACCCCGUUCGAUAUCCCGAUAAAAGAGGCUCCAGCCAUCAACAGCAAGUGACGUGUUACAGUUUUAAAGAUGUCAACAAUUGGUGGAUUGUGAAGCGGGCUAGCAAAGAUGAUCUGGUGGUCGAAAGCACAGAAGUGGAUGUUAUUAAACACGGCGAUGAAAUUCAACUGAUUCAUGGUAUUACGUCAAGAGCGCUUAACUCACACGAUGUAGCAGCGGCGGUGACACCACAAAGUCAAGAAGUUUCCUGUUACAUUGAUUACAACAUAUCAAUGGCGGCACAAAAUCUAUGGAAAGUCGAUAUUUUGAAUAAAGCAAGCGAGGGCAACGAUUGGCAUACCAUUAAAUCACAUGUUCGUUUAAUUCAUGUUGCAACCGGAGCUGCAUUACGUUUCAGUGGACGUCAAUUACCAGAUUGGGGUUUUAAUCAGCAUGAAAUAGUCGCAGAUCGAAAUCUGGAGCACAUGGAUUGUGUAUGGAAUGUUGAAGAGCAUCGGUAUACAAAGACGGCCGAUCAACGUGAACGUGAACGGCAAAUGGUGCGCGCCGAAAUGAUUCCAACCAAACCGACGAGCCUAACAUUUCUGGAAAAGUUUAUGGAAAUUCAAUUCAAAAUGCUUUGGCCAUCGGCAUCAGAAGCCGUACAAACACAUAUGUACAGUUCGAGUCCGUUGGAUUGGCCAUUCUUGACGAAAGGAAUUGCAUACUGGGUGGAUAAAAAUUCAAAUGCACAAAUUCAUUUGCUUGGCAAUGUUGCGACAUGGUAUUCGGGUGUAGCGGCUAUAUCACUCUACUGCAUAUUACUCUGUAUUUAUUUACUACGACGACGUAGACAUUGCUAUGACAUUGACGAACGAACUUGGUUACAGUUUUGUCGGUGCGGUGAAGUUCUAUUUGCUGGCUAUCUUCUUCACUUUUUGCCGUACUUUUUUGUCGAACGAACUUUAUUUUUACACAAUUAUUUGCCGGCUUUAGUCUUUAAGAUUAUGUUAUUGUGUUUUAUGUUUGAGCAUAUAUUUUAUGUAAUUCGUCAACUCUUUCGAUCGGAGAAAAUGUGCUAUUAUUAUGGCGUUGGAAUGUGCUGUUGGUUCAUCUGUAUUUUAUAUGUCUUCCAACGAUUUUCUGUACUUACAUACGGACUGCUUCAAAUUGACGGUCACUCCGUUACGGCUGACGAUAUAAUCGCACUCAGAUGGAAAGAUACAUGGGAUUUUAUUAUACAUAAAGAACUCUCUUAAGAAUCUCUCUUAGAAGACAAUAAUAAAAAAGAGAUUUACGAAAUAAGAAUACUCAUGGUUUAGAUUUUUAAGAUGCAAUGUUUUUUUAUAUUUCUGUACUUAAUUUGAAUGCUCUCAAAAAAUAG